AUGCUACGCGAGGAUGCCCAUCGAUUCGGCCAGCCGGCGAUCGAGUCCCAAUUCGUGCUCGCUGCUGGUCGCGCCGCGCUCACGCCCUUUCGCUGCUUCGUGCUCUUCCACCUCGUUCUCCUCCAGCCUCUUCUCCUCCUACUCGACAUCCUUCUACGCUCUACUUCCUCUAUCGGCACCGAGGUCAGCUGGUGGACGCCGUUGGCCUUCCACGUCGUGGUGAUGCCCGUCGUGCUGGGCACCAGCCUGGCCGUGGCGACCUGGGCACCGACCUGGUGGAUCUGCCGCGCAGACCGCGCCGUGGCCGCCUACUCGCUCGCCGUGCAGGCGCUGACGCUGCUCCAUCUCGCGGCGACCAAUGCCGCCGGUGACCAGCAGCUGCACGAGCUGCUGCUGGUGUGCGCUCUCCCCUUCGUGUGCGCCAUCGCGUUCCAUCUUCCGUGGCGCCGCUCGUGCGCCGUCGGCGGGGUGGUGCUCGGGCUGCAGCUCAUCGUCACACCGCUUCUCGGCCACGACGGCUGGGACACCUGGCUCUCGCGCACCGGCGCCCUCCUUAUCUCCAACCUGCUCCUCUUCUUCGCCGCCCUCUACGCCGAGGCUGCUCGACGCACUCAUUUCCGCCAAAAUCUCGGCCUCCAACGGUUCCAAGAGGGAGCGGAGACUUUCGAUCAGUUCAAGCUGCAGCACGAGCGGCUGCUCAAGAAGGUCGACGGCUUGCGCCAGGCCAAGGACAUGGCCGAGGAGAAGAGCAAGGCCAAGACCCUCUUCCUCGCCAACACCUGCCACGAGCUGCGCACACCGCUGAACGGCGUGAUAGGCAUGAUCGGGGUCCUCAAGAACACGGCCCUUACCCAAGAGCAGAAAGAGUACGUGGAGACGGUCGAAAGCUCGGGCGAGGCCCUGCUCGACCUCGUAAAUGACAUCCUGGACUUCUCCAAGAUUGAAUCGGGGAAGAUCGUGCUGGAGGACAUCGAGUUCGACCUGCGGGCGGUGGUGGAGGAGGUGGGCGAGAUGAUGAGCUUCCGCGCGCACUCCAAGGCGCUCGAGCUCAUCACCUACAUUCCGCACGACCUCCCCACGCGGCUCGUUGGCGACUCGACGCGCCUGCGCCAGGUCCUCAUCAACCUAGUCAGCAACGGCGUCAAGUUCACGGAGAAGGGCCAGGUGGCCAUUCACGCGGGACUUAUCUCGAGCACCGAGUCGCACGCAGUGCUGCGCUUCGAGGUGCGCGACACCGGCAUCGGCAUCAGCGAGAAAAUGGUCCACCAGCUCUUCGAACCAUGGACCCAGGCCAAUCAGUCCACCUUCCGCAAAUACGGCGGCAGUGGUCUGGGCCUGGCCAUCUCGAAGCAGCUGGUGGAGCUGUUCGAGGGCGGAAUCCACAUCCAGAGCGAGGAGGGCAAGGGCUCGUCGUUCAUCUUCACCGCCAAGUUCAAGCGCCAGGCCAUGCGCCCGGCGUCGUCGCGCACCAUCGUCACGCGCGACAUGAUCCGUCAGGUGCGCGGCACGCGAUGCCUCGUCGUCGAGAGCAACCCGAUGUGCGCCGCCUCGGUCAAGGAGGUGCUCCUCAGCCUCGAGUGCAGCGUGAGGACCGUCUCUUCGUGCCGCGAGGCCCUGCGGCUCCUCAACGCUGAGGCCGCCACCAAGGGGGAGCCGCCCGCGGCCGCCGCGGGUGGUGGCGCCAACGUUGUCGGGUCGCCGCCGACCUCAGCCGCCGCCGCUGCCAACUCGGGCGGCCACGAUGUGAUCUUCAUUGACUCGCUGCGCCUGGCCAAGGAGCCGAAGGAGAUGGAGGCCAUGAUGGCCAACCACCGCGAUCGCUACUUCGUACUGAUGACGCGCAUCACCGAGCGCGGGGUGCUACGCAUCAACGCCUCCAACUUCUCGUCGCUGGCCAAGCCCGUCAAGCGCAUCCCGCUGCUCGACUGUCUGGUGGCCUUCAAGGAGCGGGCCAAGGAGCAGCGUCUCAACGGCGGCACAUCAAAGCUCAAGCGCACCACCACGACCGGCACCCACUACAGCUCCAACUCCGCCGGCGCCGACACGGCCGACACGUCGGCCGCCGCGCCGCGCGUCAAGAGCGAGCCAUCGACGCCCACGCUCGGCCACCGGCGAAUGAGCGAGGAGGAGGCCCAGGAGCAGGGCGGCGGGAGCGGCGAGCUGGACGCAUCUGCGGAGGUGGUGACCCCGAGCCCGGGCCUCGAGAGGUCGCUCGCCCUCGGCCGACGAGCCGAUUGCGGUGGCGGCGUGGACGAAGACGGCGUCGAUCUGUACAGCGACGACGGCAGCGGGGGCCAGGCGUCGGCCACGCCUCGGAGCGACAGCGACGGCAGCAAGCGGAAGCGUGAAUGCGAGGGUCCCAUAUCGGUGGCGCGCAUUCUUCACAGCAUCCAGUCCCAGACCGAGACGCUCUCGCCCGAUCACUCCCUCCGCGAAAUCGACGGGGCCUCCUUCCUCAUGGCCGAGGGUAAUCGCCGACUAUCAAUCGGAGCGAGGAUCCUGUUGGUGGAGGACAACAUCACCAACCAAAAGGUGGCCGUGCGCAUGCUCACCCGAUUAGGUCACCGCUGCGACAUCGCCGAAAACGGCUUACAGGCGGUGCACGCGGUGUGUAACAACGACUACCUGCUGGUGCUGAUGGACAUGCGGCUGCCGGGGAUGGACGGCAUCACGGCCACUCAGGAGAUCCGCAAGGCCGAGCGCGAGGGCGGCACCUCGUCGGAGCGGCCGUGCACCAUCGUCGCCAUGACCGCCGACGCCUCGCCCGAGUUCCGGCACAAGGCGCUCCAGUCGGGCAUGCAGGACGUCGUCACCAAGCCGGUCAAGUUCGACGUGCUCAAGGAGGUCCUGGAGAAGUACCUCCCGCGCGAGAACCGAUCGUCGUCGACCUCGUCCAUGCCGUCGCUGCCCACGAGCCUGGCCUCGUCCACGUCGGGCGGCGCCGUGAUGGGCUCCUCCUCAGACGGCGUGCCAUCGCCUUCGUCUCCUUCGCCUCGUGUUGCGCCCAAAAAUUUGCAAAUGGAACAAGCGAGUGCCAAGAAAACGGCCACCACGAAGGUGGGGGAUGCGGACUACAGGGCAGUACUGCACGACAACGCCGCCUCCUUGGAGCUCGAGGUGACCCGAGACCCGAGUGGCGACCUCUACGCCAAUUCCUGGGACGACUCCACCUUCAACCCCGCCACCGUGUUCGCCCAACUCGAGACCAAGAAGUUCACCACCUCCUUCUCCAAGGGGGAGUGUGUGGUCGUGUUGGAGGGCGGAGCCAAACUGAAGCUGCCCCUCGGCAAGACCUUGGACUCCACCGAGAGGCUACUACGCGACUUGCGGCUGAAGGAGGAGGACAGGAAGUGGCGCCGCGUGGGGUCGAUCAAUGAGUACGACGCGCUGGUGGCCAAGUACCCGUUCGACGAGUGGAAGUGGGGCGGCACCUACAACAACCUCAACCCCAUGGCCCUCUCCAUCCUCAAUUGGAACCGCGGCGUUCGGGUCACCUUCAAGCACUUCUACCCCCAGGGGGACGACGGUGGUGCUUUGGUCCUGGGCAAUGCCGUGUGGACUCGCGGCACGGACGACGAUGAAACCAAGAACUGCAAGAACCCCGAUGGCUCACCCGGGUUCUACCACCGGUAUGUCGGCGCGGACCUCAAGCAGCGCGGCUCCAACGGCCUGGGCGGCCUUUGGAUUUGGGUGAAGAGGCACUGA